AUGAAGAGAGAGCUUCCUUUGGAAGAAGACUCUUUGGUUCUUUCUCAAGAUGUUAAGACUGGUCUUAUUCUUGUUGUUGUUGUUAAUGGCUUCUGCACUGUUGGAGCUGGAAAUCUGGCUCCAAUGAAACCUGAUAAACAGAUAUCUGAUAUGGUUGAAGAAUCUGCAAGGCUAGCCAGGCUAUUAUGUGAGAGAAAAUGGCCUGUUUUUGCUUUCCUUGAUUCCCAUCUUCCCGAUAUUCCUGAGCCUUCGUUUCCUCCUCAUUGCAUUGCUGGAACUGAUGAAACCAGAUUGGUUCCUGCUCUCCAGUGGCUGGAAAAUGAGCCUAAUGCUACACUUAGAUGCAAAAAUUGCAUUGUUGGUUUCAUUGGUUCAAUUCAGGAAGAUGAUUCCAAUUUGUUUGUAGAUUGGGUUAAGAAUAAUCAGAUCAAAACUGUAUAUACACAGAUAUGUGUACUGGAUUUCGUAUCUUCUGCUUUGAAUCGUAGGAUUCUGACCCCACUUGAGGAUGUUAUUGCGUACUCUAGUGCUUUUGCAACUUUCGAUCUUCCGGUUCAUGUGGCCAGAAAUAUCAGUGGUGCUUUGGUUCAUCCCCAGGAUCUGAUGCAUCACAUAGGUUUAUACAUGGCCAAAGGUAGGGGAGCAAGGAUUGUAUCUGAGGUCUCAGUAGCUGCUUUAUAA